UCAUCUGAUUGAUCAAAACGCCAAUGACAAAGGAGCAGCAAAGAUUCAUGCCCACUCACGUACGGACGAGCGAGGCUACCUACAUAGGUGCCAACCUACGCACCCACCUUGGCAGGGCUGUGUUCGGCUCAUGGAGCAACAAGAUCAUGUAAUCGAGUAUCUGCUGCGGGUGGCCCUCUUUGUCCUGAUCGAAGUACUUGAGAUGCACCAGUGUCUCGGUCUCUUCGUCAUAUCUGUAUAGAUAAGAGCCUUUCUGUAAAUCCCAUGGUCUCCUGUCCUUGUUCUGUCGUCACUUGUAGAAGUUCCAUUGCUGGAGAGUAUCGACGGUGCAGCCGUAUCGGAGCCUCUGCUGCUUCAGUCUGCUGCGCAGCCCCUGCUUCACCGAGCCUUCCCUCGAGCCGCCAACAAACACCCACAGCUGCCGCCAGUACUCACGACCUAGUUGUGUGUAUACAGGGGGGGAAUAUACGGACAGACAGACAGAAGACAAACCAGCAGCCAUUCAGUCUGUGCAUGUACCCAUCCCCACACACGUCUACGGACGGACCUAGUUCACAUGGGCGGCCCACUCCAUCCUUGCAAACUUGGAAGGAGAAAGAGAUGUCUUCACGGCCUUGAUCGAAGGCAUACACGCUGAUGCGCCACUUUGACUGUGUGAUCAU